ACGCGCACUCAAGCCCGUAGCCCAGCUGCCUGGGCACAAUACACCUGAAAUGGAACGAAGACAUUCUAGCUUACUAAUGCGUUAAUUGUUGAAAAUUUUAUUGCGAACAUAAUCUUCAUGUAUCAUUUCAUUGUUCAAGCGUCUGUUCAGUUUGGUUAUUGAAUUUUUAGUGCUUUAUAUGGACAAUAAUUUGGGUGAUUUUUUUCUGGACGCUAGGUGGCUCUUACCGGAAGUUGAAAAUGUAAACACAAGAUACAUGUAAGUAACAUGUGCACAUAAGUGAAUCGUUGUAUGAACGUUGUUAUCAACAAUGAGCGUGCAAGUUAAAACUCACGCGAAAACGGAAUUCGAUAGAGUAGAAAUGGCUUGCAGCGUCAAAAGCUUUUCAUCUCCGGAAGCAUUUAGAAAGUCAAAGGAUGACAGCACAAUCAAAAGUGAAAGUAGAUUUACACAGCCGUGGGGAAGGAAACGAAGAUACAGUCAAAGUGGGAGACGCGAUGAUGGUGCUGCACGGAGAAAGCGAAUUAAGUCUACACCAAGCAUUGGACCACUGCCAAAUAAGUUUCUAAAUGGUGGUAGUAUUGAUGACCCAUUGAAUUUAAAUGGUCUUGACCAUUCAGAACUUGGGAAACAGUUAAAUUCAGUGACACCUCAGUCCUCUCCUUUGCCUUCCAGAAGAGAAUCUAUUAAAGUUGCCAUUCCAUUUGAUUUCACAGAUCCACUGAAAUUGAAUGAUAGUGAUGAGAGUUUAGACUUUGAAAAGUUAUUGCGGAAGAAAAGGCAGCGCAGUAGACAUCGAAAGAAGGAUGAUGGUGCGAUCUUUAGUCCACCUAAAAAUAUCAUAAAAGAUAAAAACUUAAUGGAGGCGCUAAAAAUUGAAAUAGACACAGAUCAGUUUAAAGAUGAUGCAAAUGCUGUUUUUGAACUGAAACCCAAAGAACUUGUGAAGCCAAGAUCUGUUUGCGACAAAAUAGUGUCUCCUGUUAUUCCACAGGUUUCCCCCAAAUGUGUGAAAAGGAGGAGGACCAACAGCGGCAGUAAAACUGAAACCUCUCCAACUAUUGCAAGAUCUCUUAAUUUGCCAUCAAAUCAUCUGGGAAAACAUCAUGAUAAGAAAACGCCUCCAAAAAAUAAAUUCAGACAGCCAAAACCACCACAAAGCAAGAGAGACUGUAAUAAAUCUGGUGCUGGAAAAAAGACUCUAAAGUUUAUAUAUGGCAACUAUAACAGAUAUUAUGGAUAUCGUAAUCCUACAUUGGAAGAAGAUGGACGGUUGAAGUGCUUUAGAAAGGAAUGGUUUGAAAGCAAAUGUGUUCUAGAUAUUGGCUGUAAUGUUGGAAACUUGACUAUGUCAUUGGCUUUGAAAUUUAAUCCAGCAAAAGUGACAGGAAUGGAUAUUGAUCCAAGUCUAAUCGGCGCUGCUAGGAAGAAUGUUAGAUACUACAUGUCUGCAAACCUAACAGAAGCGACGAAAUUUCCAAUCUCAAACCUAUUGAGCUAUGGACCCAUUGUGGCACCACCUGUAUCAAAUGAUGCCAGCAAACAGCCAGUUUUUCCACACAAUGUUUUGUUUAAGCAGGGGAACUAUGUGUUGGAAACAGAUGAACUGCUGGACCUACAGAAGGAAGAAUUUGAUGUUAUUCUAGCGCUCAGCAUAACAAAAUGGAUCCACUUCAAUUGGGGAGAUGAGGGUUUGAGGCGGUUCUUCAAACGAGUGUACAAGCAGCUGCGCCCAGGGGGACGUUUCAUACUGGAGCCUCAGCCUUGGUCUUCGUACAAAAAGAAAAAGAAACUGACGCCAACCAUACAUGAGAAUUUUAAGAGCAUACAUCUGCGCCCGGAGCAAUUCACUGACUACCUUCUCUCUAGGGAUGUUGGUUUUAGUACCUGCAAUACUGUAGAUGUGCCAUACAACGCAUCCAAAGGCUUCCGUCGGCCAAUCCUGGUGUUCUUCAAGAGUGACACGAUACAGAACAGCCCCUGGUCUGAGGUGGGGAGCUACACACCUGUACCCAUAAUACACACCACAGUGGGAGCCUUCCAUGACGAUGGCAGCCUGAUGUCUGAGGAUUCAAGUUCCAGUUCCUCUGACAGUUCAUGCUCUCAAUGCUCCGAGGUGUCUGGCGCGUCGAGUCUCGCCAAUUGUGACAGGAUAGUGGCUAACCUGGAAACAUGCACCAAACGUGUCACCUUUGAUAUGGGGGUGCUGAAGCCUGGCACAAGUCCCGCCCAAGUGUUCUCAGGGGUCGAUACCGGUGAAGAAGAUGUAAUGGAGGUGAAACCUUAUGGGGACCCAGUGGUUGAUGGGGACCCAGUGGUUGGUCAUGCAGACAGUAUUGAAUCUGCUGGCAAUGAAGUUAAUGAUGCAGAUAUGGCUAACGUUGAACAUAGUGAACCCUCUAGUGCUACUACUGUAACAUAUGGUAAUGGAAAUAAUAUUCAGAACAAUACAUGUGCUCCUGCGGCAGGACAAGACUUAUCUGAACAAGUCAAAAGUGUGGCUGAUAACACAGACUCUGGUUAAAUAAUACAAGUGGACACUGAAGUUGAGAUGUGCUAUAAUGCUUUAUUUAAAAAUUGAUUAACAUAUGCUAGCCCAUGUAAUGGACUAAAUAUAAUUCUUAAGAGUUACAAGUAACAGAAGAGUCAUUUUCAAAAAAGACUUUAGGUACAAGACAUUUCCACAAGGAGGAAGAAAACCACAUGCUGAAACCACAUAUGCUUGCAUUUCUAUGUUAGUGAAUUAUAAUAUCUGAUGCAGAUGAAAAAAUGUGUGACUGUAUAAGCCAAAACAUUUUUAAGGAGGGAUAAAUAAAGGAUAUAUGUUGCUUGUUGUACAAAUUAUACUGAAAAUUGUGAACAGGCUUUGCAUUGUAUAUGGCAGCUAUUUUAUGUGUUUAUGUUAUAAAAAUACACAAUGCCUUUUAUUAUUACUCAAACAUAAUUUUACUGGUAUGCAUUGUUUGUGUAUGUUCUUGCAUACAAAUCAAUUGUCAAACCUUAUACAACUGUAGUGAUAAAUGUGCAAGUUUUUCCAUUAAAAUGUGGUGUAAAAUGGGCAUAUUUGAUACUGUUUGAGUUUCGCUUUCCAUCUAUUUUUGUUAUUCUUACCUGACUGCAUAUGAUUCAUUUCCAGUUAAGUUUUCAUGUAUUGUCCUACCAGUCUGAUGAGGUACAAGUUUCAUUGACAGCUGUAUUCUGAAUUAAUCGUGGGUAAUCUUGGUUUGCACAUCUACUAAAGGUCAAUAGUUGAAUACAACCUCAUGGAUUAUGACUUUAUGCCCCCGGUAGGGUGGCAUAUAGCAGUUCAACUGUCCCUCAGGCUGUCCGUCCGUCCGAAACAUUGGCCAUAAUUUUUGCAAUAUUGAAGAUAGCAACUUGAUAUUUGGCAUGCAUGUGUAUCUCAUGAAGCUGAACAUUUUGAGUGGUGAAAAGUCAAGGUCAUCCUUCAAUGUCAAAAGUAAAAAAAAAAUAAAAAAAAUACUAUCCAAGGGAAGUAAUAAGCUUUAAAAGGGAGAUAAUUUCUAAACCUGCCAAAUGAUAUAUUGAAAUUUUAUUUCAAAGCGGCGCAAUGGGGGGCAUUGUGUUUCUGAAAAACAUCUCUUGUUUCUGUUAAGAAUGAAUAAAUACCUGUAAUUGCAGUAAUUGUGCCUUCAAAAAAUUACUCUAAACAUCAUUUUUUGUCAACACUUUUGAAGUCCUCAUGUUGAUUUCUAGUGUUCAAAUUGAGCGUUCUGUAUUUUAUUUGUUUUGAACAGUGAACACUUAUAUAACAAACACACUUGCAACUUGUACACAUAAAAAUAUUGGAUGGAAGCUUUUUCAUAGCCUUGUUAUUGUUGAGUUGUUUGGUGCAUUUUAUGUUGAACAGAUUUCAAGUGACCCUUGUUAUUCAGUGAUUCUCAUAUUUCAUUGCAAUAUGCAUUUUUAUACCCCCAUUACCAAUGGUAAUGGGGGCUAUAUAAAAGUCACUUUGUCUGUCUGUCUGUCGAUCGGUCUGUCCCGAAAGCUUGUCCGGCCAUAACUAAGUUGUUAAUUGUGAGAUUUUAAAAUCAUUUGGCACAUUUGUUCACCAUUAUUGGACGGUGUGUUGCGUCAAAAAAUUACGUCAAUAUCCCAAAGGUCAAGGUCACACAUUGAGUUCAAAGGUCAAAAAUGGCCAUAAAUGAGCUUGUCAGGGCCAUAACUUUGUCAUUUAUUGUGAGAUUUUAAAAUCAUUUGGCACAUUUGUUCAACAUCAUUGGACGGUGUGUCGCACGAAAGAAUUACGUCGAUAUCUCAAAGGUCAAGGUCACACUUUGAGUUCAAAGGUCAAACAUGGCCAUAAAUGAGCUUGUCCGGGCCAUAACUUUGUAAUUUAUUGAGAGAUUUUAAAAUCAUUUGGCACAUUUGUUCACCAUAAUUGGACGGUGUGUCAAGCAAAAAAAUUACGUCGAUAUCUCCAAGGUCAAGGUCACACUGAGUUCAAAGGUCAAAAAAGGCCAUAAAUGAGCUUUUCCGGGCAAUAACUAUGUCGUUCAUUGUGAGAUUUUAAAAUCAUUUGGCACAUUUGUUCACCAUUAUUGGAUGGUGUGUCCCGCGAAAGAAUUACGUUGAUAUCUCCAAGGUCAAGGUCACACUUUGAGUUCAAAGGUCAAAAAAGGCCAUAAAUGAGCUUUUCCGGGCCAUAUCUAUGUCGUUCAUUGUGAGAUUUUAAAAUAAUUUUUUCACCAUCAUUGGACGGUGUGUCACACGAAAGAAUUAUGUCAAUAUCUCCAAGGUCAAGGUCACACUUUGAGUUCAAAGUUAAAAAAUAGCUAUAAAUGAUAAUGGCAUAAUAAUUCUUAAAAUUCGCAUAAAUUAGCUUCUCUUGUUUUGUAAAGACAGCAUGCAAAAUAGUCUGUGUCAAUGCAGCAUGUGGGGGUUUAAGUCACGUCUGUGACAAAGCUCUAGUUAUUAUCAACUACCAUUAAAUAAGAUACAAGUUAAUAA